UUUUGUUAGUCGGAUGUUGCGAGAAGCAGGGUCGCAGGAGACUAGACGCUAUGGCAUCGUCCAACAUUUUCUCUAGAGUUUGUGCAGCUGUGAAGUUGCUGUAACUCAAUACAAAGGUGCAGCCUUCAGUCAGCUGUCCGGCUGUGUGUCCAGGUGGGAGCGCCGCUCAGUGUUUCCAUGGCCGUCGGCUGAUGUGCGAAGCGAUGCGGCACCACUGGCUGCUCCUUGGGGCUUGCGGCUGGGUGCUGCUCAUCCUCAUGUUUGUCAGCAAGUUCAUCAGCUUCAGAGCUGUAGACGACUAUGGAGAGAGGGUUGGUGGUCAGAGUUGGACAGUGCCAGGUGCCAAGGUGGUUAAAACCAUCCCUGUAUCCAGCCCAGAAAAACCGGUUCCAAAGCCAUCAGAUCAGCCCUCAGCAGUACCUACAGUUGCAGACUGGCAGUCAGUUGCUGACAAGCGAAUUGAGCUGCUCUCAACUGUAUGUAAGAACAGCAGCCUCAGGAAUUUGACUCACGUCUCCAUCAGCAAGUUUGUCCUGGACCGCAUCUUUGUCUGCGACAAACACAAGAUCUUGUUCUGCCAGACGCCUAAAGUGGGCAACACACAAUGGAAGAAGGUCCUCAUUGUGCUCAAUGGAGCAUUCUCCACUGUGGAGGAGAUUCCAGAAAACCUCGUUCAUGACCAUGAGAAAAACGGCCUGCCCCGCCUCUCUUCACUGACGCCACAGGAAAUAACUUACAGAUUAAGCACCUACUUUAAGUUUUUCAUUGUGAGAGAUCCAUUUGAGCGCUUGAUUUCUGCGUUCAAGGACAAGUUUGUGAAGAACCCACGCUUUGAGCCUUGGUACAAACAUGACAUCGCUCCAGCCAUCAUCCGUAAGUACCGCAAGAGCCACCGCGACAGCACCCUUGCUGCCUCUGGCCUGCACUUUGAGGACUUUGUCCGUUACUUGGGUGAUGUAGAGGGCCGUCGCCGCAUGGACCGACAGUUUGGUGAGCACAUUAUUCACUGGGUGACCUAUGCAGAGUUGUGUGCACCAUGUGAAAUACACUACAGCGUGGUUGGCCACCACGAGACACUGGAGCAAGAUGCCCCCCACAUCCUCAAAGCGGCAGGCAUCGACCAGCUGGUGUCCUACCCCUCCAUUCCUCCAGGCAUCACCCGCUACAACAGGACCAAGGUGGAGCACUACUUCUCAGGCAUCAGCAAGCGAGACAUCAGGCGUCUCUACGCACGUUACCAGGGUGACUUCCACCUGUUUGGUUACCCAAGCCCAGACUUUCUACUGAACUAAAAUGAUUAACACUGACUAAAAGACAUGUUUUCAUAUAAAAUCCUCUCAACAUCUUCGGUUUACUGAGACAGAGGUGUAUCGUAGCUGACUGUGUGCCACAAAACUGGCACACCUGAAAGGCUUGUAUGCAGUAGAUCGCACACUGUAAUGUCUUUGUUCUUAUUUUAGCCACUUUUGUUGGAAUAACUGACAGGUUGUUGCGAUGUUGACUAUAUUCCCAAUUGCUGAAAAAGUGCUGCCUAAUAUCUAAAUAUUUACCAGUGCUGUCACGGAGACGGGAGCUGUAACUGGUGAGCGUGCUGUCAGAUAACCGACGGUACCGUGAUGCGGCGAAGAGAGAAAUAAAGUGUAGCUGUUGUGAGUUCAUCCAUUGUGAGAUUCAGCAGUGACAAAAGUUGCAGAAUUCAUCACAAUGUGUGGAGAAAGGUCAAUAUAAAGUUCAGAUACAGGUACAGGUCAGCUGGAGAACACGUUUACUAUCUUAUAUUUAAUGUUUAUGACUGAACUAUAUUUCAAAGAGGCGUACUCUAAUGCUAGGGAUACAGGCCCGUUACCCUGUAAUGUAGCUAUUAUAUUGCACUGUAUGGAUCACCUGUUUCAACGAUUCAUCCUGUCAACGAAAGCUCUGAACAAUGCUUUGCGUUUUGACAUGUUGUGUCGAAUGUGUCUUUUCUGUACUUCUUGCUAGCAUGCUAGACAUACACGAGGAUGAGUCUGUAUCAGGGAUGCAAAACUUAUUUGGACAAGGAGAGUGAACGGCAAGAAUAUUGGACGGACUGACUUGACAUUUUUGUGACCAUUUUUCAUUGAUGUUUUUAUGAGCUACAAAUCGGCAUUAGCAUUUUAUAUUUUUUUACCAUUGAGUUUUGCUUUAUGCAAGGCAUGUUAAUGUCUUGUACUCUUCAAAUGUCAUGAAAUAACAUCAAAAUGGUCAAAAAAAACUACCUUUCACACUGAAACAAAGACCUCGUCGUGCCCUGAUUCAUACUGUAGCCAUUGUUCUGGUUGCUCUGCCUUGUUGACUCGUAUAUUCGGCCGUUUUCGGCACUGGAGCGUUGAAGGAAAGAUGGCACUGGAUUUUAAAGGAUCAUUUUUCUAUCAGAAAUGUACUGUGUAAAUGUUCUUAACAUGACUUGCAACUCAACAUUUGUAUUACAUGUUGCUAUUUAUAAUAUUAACUUGCUGACUAGUGGCACAAAACGUGUCUUGGUUGUAAGACAGCGAGCACCUGGUGACCUUUUGGACAGGUGGUCGUGAUACAAGGACAACACUAGUUAGUAAUAAAGUUCUAUGUGAAACAAAAGAA